AUGGUGUUGCGCGGUUCGGAAGAAAGUAGAGGGGCCAAGUCCAUGUCGCCGGCGACUCCCAACCGAUCCAACCCCCUGCAUAAUUUCUCCUUGUCGUUCUUGAAGUGGGGAACGCAGCGUAGAAUGAGGUGCGCCACCGCAACCGAAACAGGAGCCAGAGGUCGUGGUUCUUCGGCGUCAAACUCCGACGAAUCAACGGCCACGUGGAGCGAGGCGCCGGAGGGCGCGAGGGGUGAAAAACGGAGACUCGUGAGCGAUGACGAGGGGAUCGCGGUGGUGCGGCAGAGGCUGAUCCUUGAUCUGAAGACCGAAGCCGAUAGAAUGAAAGACGCGAUUCUACGGAGCGAGGAAGAAGCUGUGAGGCCAUGGAAUCUGAGGAAGAGAAGAGCGAAAGUUGAGGCUCCGGCUCUCGCUCCCGCCGGAGGUGGCGGGAAAGUGUUGAUCGACGACAAGAAACGAAACCACUCGUUGGCGGCGAAGUUGCCGCAAUUGAGAAGCGGAUCCGACAAGACGGAAAAGGCGAAGUUUGCUUUGGAGCUAUCAAAGAAAGAGAUUGAGGAAGAUUUCAUGGCCAUGUUGGGCCAGCGCCCUCCUCGGAGACCCAGUAAGCGACCCAGAGUCCAGCAGAAGAUGUUGGAUACGCUUUUACCUGGGUUGUGGUUGACGGAGGUUACGCCCGAAUUGUACAAGGUUACAGAAGCUGCUGAUAAUGGGAAGGUCCGUCACUCUGGGAAGCGAAAAGUUGAUGCCGGGUUUUGA